UAAAUUAAGUAUGUAUAUUAUAAAUCUAUACACAUAUGACAGCUAGCUGUAAAUCAAUAUCAAAAUGUAUUUAAUACAUUACAAAUAAAUUAUUGUGUGUGUGACGUCAUGCGCACUCCAGCGCACUAGCGUAAUCUGUUGAGUGCGCGCAGCGCAGCCGGCAAAAGUAACGGAACCAAAUACAACUGCCAAAUGUGUGAGGACCCUGCGAACGCCAAAGAACACUUGAGCAGCAACAAUGCGUGAUAGAGAGAGAUGCCAUGCUUCGUUCUAGUAUUUACAUAUCUGAUUUCAGGUGUCUGCUUUUAAUUUGUCGGAGCAUGCGCUCAUUCAAUAGGCGCAAGCGAGAUGGCAGCUAUGCUUCGCAUUUGCCUUUAGCAUGACAAGUUGCCUAAAGGGACCAGCGUUGCCAGCUAUUUGAGUAAGCAUCGCAAAGAGUUACGCACUUUGCGAGUCCUUUGCCAACACUGGGGACGCCAACAAAUCGUUUUGAAAUUCAAGUUAACAAAGUUGGCCGUGAUAUUUGAAGCUGUUUGACUUGCAAUCUGGCAUUCAAACGGCAAGGAGCAUUCGAGCAGACCUAAACCAACAAAAAUCAAUUUACCGCAAUAUUGAAAACCAGAAGAAGAAAAGCACCUGGAGCCGGGCCUUCUCAUUCGAUUUUAAGUAAUAAUCAGAGUAAGCCCGCGACAUCUCAGUGCAGUUCCUUGGAAUAUUAACCUAAAAGACAAAGAAAACAUGUCAGACCGACCCUCGCGCGCAGAUGUCCUCAAGCUAAGCCUGGAUGAGUACAUUCAUCUCUAUGUGCACACCGAUCACAAGGACAAGCUCUACGGCAGACGGGGCCCGUAUCCAAGUCAGGCCCAACAGCGGCGCCGGUACGAGCACUCCCAUUACUUUGCGCCGGCCUAUCAGCGCCAGCAGCAGCAGCAACAGCAGCAACAGCAGCAGCAACAACAGCAGCAACAACAGCAGCGGUUGCUGCAGCAGCGAGAGGAGCAAUUGCGUGCACAGCAGCAGGAACGCUUGAAGCUGCAGCUGGAGCAGCAGCUGCGCUUGCAGCAGCAGCAGGAACAGCUGAAUGCGGCGGAGCAGCUGCAGGGUCAGCAGCAGCAGCGCAUGAACGAGACGCUGGAGACGCUGUGCAUCAGCCAGGAUUGCAUCAGCCAGCUGCGCCAGGAGCAGCAGUGUCUGCAGCAGCAGAGCCUUGAGGAGAUGCGCCUGCUGCAGCAGCGGCUGCGCCAGCAGCGGCAGCAGGGCGUGGAGGAGAUGCGCCUGCUCCAGCAGCGCCAUCGCCAGCAGCGCAUGGCCCUCCAGCAGCGCAUCGAUGACGAGGAGCGCACCGAUCGCCAGCGGCGCCUGGAUCAGCAUCAUAUCCUACAAUUGCGCACCCUGCAGCAGCAUCGGCGCGAGCAGAAGCAGCUGCAAACCCAGCAGCAACAGCAGCGCAUCCAGCAGCUGCUCCACAAGCAGGAGCAGCGCCGCCAGGCCAUGGGCGUCAACAACUAUAAAAUGCUGUUGAAACUGGCGUCCGAUAUGUCCACAGCGGCCACUCGGACCCAGCCCAAGGAGGAGGCCAAACCCGCCCAAGGCCUGCUGAUGCCGCCCCGUUUUGUGGUGUCGGAGCUGCCCAGCUGGUAUAUACCGCCCAAGCUGGAGUACGCCGGCGUUCAGGUCAAGAAGGAAGAGCCGACGAGUGAGAAGAAGAUGCGCCUGUCCUCCGUCCAGGAGUCCGUCAAUCUCAGCAGCGAUCUGCUCCUUGACAGAGCCGGAGUCACCAUCAAGAAGAAGGUUAAAUUCGAUCUGAAGGAGGAGUACGUGACGAACGGCAUCUCCACCGAGGAGGUCAUUGCCGAGAUUGAGGAUCAGAUGAAGGAGGAAAUCGAACUGGAGGACGACAUCAACAGCGAUAUGCUCUAUAUACCCACCAACUUUUCGUUAAGCGAAUGAUUGAAUACCCUGCACAUCAUCAGAUGCCAAAAAGGAAUCAGAGGAAAAACUCAAUGAAAGCAACGAAUAAUUUGAUACACUAACCAAAUGACCAAAAAACAAAAGGCAAACUAAAGAAAUACGGCACUCAAGGAAAGCCGAAUAACGUGAUACACUGCACCAAAAGAAUACACUACAAAAAAUUAUAACAGAAUAUCAAGAAAAUGCGAAAUAACGAAUACUUAAAUACACUACAAAUACCACGCAAAUACAAAGUGCGACUGAUGUGAAACAUAACGAAUUUUUAAUGCACUAACCUCAAGCAAGAAAUGAG